AAAUUCAUCACUUUAUCCAUCUCGCAACUCCACGCGACAACACAACUUUCAUCAACAACGCCAACGCGCAGGCCUUUUUCAUCAUGGCUGGCGGUACGCCUGGCGGUGAGCCCACGGUAGGGUCUGACGGACCCCGACUCAAGGGGAAAGCGACCCCCGAAACCCUUCAGACAGGAUGCAUCGCCUGGGUAGAGAAGGAAGGACAACCGCGACGAGCCGAGAUUCUCAGUAUCAAGACAACAAAGAGCGGCAUGCAAUUCUACUGCAAUUUCGACAGCUUCAACAAGCGACUGGAUGAAUGGGUUCCCGCAGCAAGGAUCGAUUUCGCGCGCGACGUCGAGUGGCCGAACCCUGACAAGGACAAGCCAAAGGACACGAAGACGAAGAAGACAACGACGACCGCGCAGUCCAAAAAGAACCAGGUGUCGAAGAAGGCGCAGAAGCGACCCAGCAAGAGGGAACAAUCAGUGGCUUCGGAGGCGAACACCCCACAUCCCUGGACAGACUUCGUGGAAACGCAAACUCGACAAAAGUCGGCCUCUGUCGGUCCAGAUGGAGAAUCCCAAACGAGACCAAGUGUCGAGGGUGGCGCGACCCCUGCAGCGGCAGAAGAUAUGGACAUGGAUGACAAGGAGGAGGAUGUGAAAAAGGAACCAAACGACUUCAGCCGAGAGGUGGAAAUCGAGAAGCUGCGGACCUCUGGAUCUAUGACGCAAAACCCGACCGAAGUUUCCCGAAUCCGAAACAUUUCCAAAGUCCAGUUUGGAAAGCACGACCUCUAUCCAUGGUACUUUUCCCCGUAUCCCGAGAUAUUCAGUCAGGAGGACGUCAUCUUCCUCUGCGAGUUCUGCCUGGGUUACUAUGGGGAUGAGAAGGCGUUUACGAGACACCGACGCAAAUGCACACUGCAACAUCCACCUGGAAAUGAGAUUUACCGAGACGGCUUGAUUUCCUUUUUCGAGAUUGACGGUCGGAGGCAGAGGACAUGGUGUCGCAACCUCUGUUUGUUGUCAAAGAUGUUCCUGGAUCACAAGACGCUUUACUACGAUGUAGACCCGUUCUUGUUCUACGUCAUGACUACACGUACGGAAAAGGGGUGCCAUGUGGUGGGAUACUUUUCCAAGGAAAAGGAGAGCGCGGAUGGCUACAACGUGGCAUGUAUUCUUACGCUGCCGCAGUACCAGCGCAAGGGCUAUGGUCGACUCUUGAUCCAAUUUUCGUACGAGCUGUCCAGGAUUGAAGGAAAGUUGGGUUCUCCAGAAAAGCCGCUCUCGGAUUUGGGACUGCUCAGUUAUCGACAGUACUGGUCAGAAAACAUUCUGGAUCUGCUUAUGGGAUACAGCGAACGAGAAGAAAAGACGACAAUCGAGGCAAUCUCAGCAGCGCUAGUCAUGACAACGCAGGACGUUGAGCACACGCUGCAGGCGAUGCGGAUGCAGGUGUAUCAUAAGAGCGACCACAAGAUUGUUAUACCAGACAAGCUAAUCAAGCAGCGAGAGAAAGCGAAGCUAAAGCAAAGGAGGACAGUGGACGCGACAAAGAUCCAGUGGAAGCCGCCAGUAUUUACGGCCUCGAGCCGCACAUGGGGCUGGUGAUGUGCUUUUGCGCCGCGAGUGUCGGUUUCGAUCUUGGGCGACUGUGUAAGAAAGAUUAUAUAGAGCGAGUAUGUUGUAAAGUGAUACCCCAUUCAACC